AUGUAAAAUACAUAAAAUUGCUCUUGCGGGUUGUGGGCGAAGCUUUGCCGACAUUAGUUAGCGAAUAUUUCGUUAGGAAUACAGCAGUUGAAGCGUGUAUUGCUGUAUUUGUCGUAUGCGGUUACACGGCAAGAAGAUUCCUUCUUGUGUCGACGUUCACAGGCCACUCUGCAACGCUUGUUUACCAGCAGUUUGAGGAGUUAUAUUCGCAUCACGACGAAGGAAGUUCACUGUGUAUUUUCCUUAGCUGUUUCUGAUUGCUGUGUAGUACUAUGUCGGCAGCUCCUAUUGGUGUGAGUGUACCCGACUCGGAAACCCUAAGCUCUGAGAAAUCGAAGAAAUUCACGGUUUACAAACUUGUUGUUCAAGUUGGAAAUAAAACAUGGUUUUUGUUUCGUCGCUACAAUGAGUUUCACACACUUUAUGAAAAGUUGAAGAAGAAGUACCCAGAACUGCAUUUUAAAUUGCCUGGAAAACGGAUUCUUGGGAAUAAUUUUGAUCCAGAAUUCAUCCGGGCACGAAGAGAAGGCCUCAAUGACUUUGUCACAAAACUUUUGGCCAUACCAGGGAUAACAGACCACCCACUUGUUCGUGACUUUCUGUCUAUCGACAAUCCUCGGAAUGCGUCCGUUCACGAGGAAGAUGAGACCGAAGCAAAUGGAAUGAACCAUGAAAAUUCAGAAUCCUUGGCUAAGGAUCUCGAUAAGAUGGAUUUAGGUGGCACAAUGAAUCCGAAAGCCAAACCGAACGAUUUCGACUUCCUAAAGGUGAUUGGUAAAGGAAGCUUUGGCAAGGUCUUUCUCGCAAAACACAAACAAGAGGACAAAGUCUACGCCGUGAAAGUUUUAACAAAGGCCGCAAUAAGAAAACGUAAUGAGGCGAAGCAUAUUAUGGCAGAAAGAAAUGUCCUGUUAAAGAAUCUCUCUCAUCCCUUCCUUGUUGGACUACAUUACUCUUUCCAAACACACGACAAGCUGUAUUUCGUUUUGGAUUACGUCAAUGGAGGCGAGUUGUUUUUUCACCUUCAACGAGAACGAUAUUUCCCCGAAUCAAGAGCAAGAUUUUAUGCCGCUGAAAUUGCAUCAGCUAUUGGCUAUCUCCAUUCUUUGUUAAUCAUAUACAGGGACCUGAAACCUGAAAAUAUUCUGUUGGACCAAAAGGGCCAUGUUGUAUUGACAGAUUUUGGUCUGUGUAAAGAAGGUAUUGCAGACUACGGAACUACUUCCACGUUUUGUGGUACUCCAGAGUACCUCGCACCAGAGGUGUUGAAGAAACAAGAGUACGACAAAUCCGUUGACUGGUGGUGCCUUGGAGCUGUUACCUAUGAAAUGAUGUACGGAUUGCCACCUUUCUACAGCAGAGAUACGGCUGAAAUGUACGACAACAUUUUGUAUAAGCCGCUGAGGUUACGAACUAACAUUUCACAAAGUGCACGGAGCCUACUAGAGGGGCUAUUGCAGAAAGAUCGAGCGAAGCGUCUAGGCGCACAAGAAGGAGAUUUUGAAGAGAUAAGAAACCAUUCAUUUUUCCGAACGAUAGAUUGGGAAGCCCUUUACAAUCGAGAAAUCGAUCCUCCAUAUAACCCCAAUGUGAGUGGACAUAUGGACUUGAAACAUUUUGACCCAGAAUUUGUGCGGGAACCCGUGCCACAAUCGGUUGGAAAAUCUCAGAACUCGAAUAUUUGCUGCAGUGUCGGAGACCCCGACGACGCUUUCCUAGGCUUCACGUACGUACCACCCUCGGAGGAUCUAGCGGAAUAACUGUACACGUAGGACCUCACUUCACCCAUAGCGAGGUCCUAAAUUAACCCUAUGUACUCGGCCGGAUCCAUAACGGAUCUUGCAUAUCCUUUAAUCAUUCAGUAUUUUGAUUCGCGUGAUACGGUCAUCUAAAUUUGCGGGCGCAACGGUGAGGUGCGUGCAGGUUACAGCCCGAACGAACAUUUUGCCCGCAAGGAGCUGGUGAUAAUUUUGGUAGAGGUUUCAUUAAGCGUUAUCUAGGCGUUCGAAAUGGUGCUACUCAUGCAACAAAAGUCAUUAUUAAAAAUAUUGCUUAACCAAGCGAAGAAAACGUGACUUAAAAGAAAUGAAGAAUUUUGCCGAUUGCUAAUCUUCAUAUCAGUUGUGUGCCAACAUUAUCUCUGACCCGCGGUAACACUUAACGAGGCCCUCCUCUCCUAAUUGACGAAUUCUGCCGUUUUAAAGAGCGAACGAUGUAAAAGCCAGCACAAAUGUAUUUUUUGUGCGAAAUUUUAACGUCGGGACGCAGUUUGAUAAUAAUAUUGUAAGUGUUUAGAUAAGCCGAGCGAUUUGCUCGCUAUUUAAAAGUAAUUUGCAAUCGGUUCUCUUGUUCACGGUCUGAUUGUACUUUUAUUGUUCACCUGAUACUAAUAAAAUUCCUAGUGUAACAAAUAGUAACGCUUUGGUCGGCCA